UUUGACAUAUUUCCCUCAAAAAUCCUAUAGAAAUUGAGAAAUGUUACAUGUAAUGAAACUGCAAAGUAAGGAACUGCCUGGUUGGCCCCACAAAGGAAUUGGUGUCCCUCCGUGAGGCAGUUAGGCUUUCAGCUGGCAGGUUACAUUCAGACAAGACUGUUUAACCUGGUGGCCUGAUACUGCUAUGUAAGAGGAUGCAGCAUACCUGCCUGAUAUAUAGCUCUAAACGGGCUUAUUGUUAUGCCAUGAACGAAUUGAUUUCUAUGGAAAAUGUUGUGGCAGAGGCAGGCAUUGUAUCUCCAGUUGGGCAGCCGUUCCUAAAUAAGUAAAAAAUAAGAAAUUAAAAUCCAUUUGGAGUUGCUGGUAAGUGGCACUAAAGGUCCAGUACUGAGUCAGGGCUCCUGUACCUUUCCUUAUGCUCAAAAGUCCAUUGCAAUUAAAGCUCCACAGUGGUAUCUUCCAUUAUAUCUGUCCUUUCCCUUUUGUACUGGGGGAUGUGCUGCUGGAUCCUGGGGUACACUUUCACUUCUGGGGCCACUCCUAAUACUACAAAGCCACCAUAUAGUUUGGUACCCAGAAGGCUGGUGCCCCACAUCUCUUGGAUAGAACUGCUGUCCUGGGUAGUGAUACAAAUGAACUGGGCAAAGCUCCUUUAAAACACUAUACUAUUAUUUUAUUUAGUUUAAUACUAUUUGUAUUUGCCUAUUAUGAAUGUAUAUUUAACAACCACUCCAUGUGUUACUCUGCAGUUGUCACAUAGAAGCCUCCAUUCUUUGCUGCUUGCUUUGCCACAAACAAGCUGACUAUGCUUGAUGGGAGUUGUAGUUGCCUGAGCUGCAAUAGCAUAAGAUGCAGAAAGAACCAGUGAAUUAGUUGAUUCCCCCCCCCAGUGAUGCCAGUUGUGCUGGCUGUGUGACAGGUGCCUGACCGCCAUUUGUUCCUGCAGCUGUCACUGUUUAGCUACAGAACCACGGGCCACUCAGACAGCCCACUGAUGCUGCAAACUGAGCUGUAUGUAUCUUUGUAUUUAUAUAGUGCUACUUAUGUACGCAGCACUGUACAGCAAAAUAUAUAAGGAUCUUCCUUUGUUAAGGCUGAAGGAAUUAAAAGCUGUUAGGCCAAAUGCAGUUGCCCAACUUCCCAGUAAAUGACAACAGUGCUUAAUAGCAUUAAACAAGUGGCUUUCUUAAUGCCAAGUGUUGUGGUUCUGAGCAUCUGAUAAUUGUGUCUAUAAAUAACUAGCCCAGCAGCUGCUGUCUGAGCCCAGCACCCUGCCUGCCUUAUAUGUCCAUGAGCUUCCUACAGGAGCUUCACUAGCCACACUUGCACUCUCCCCGGCCACAGGCGCUGUGCAUUCCCUUCCAACUGUGUAGAACUGCAGAGAGGCCACAGGGGAGCCUAUGGGUAUCCUGGUGUGAGCAGAGUGGAGCCAUGCACAUCACCGAGCUGAACCGCGAGUGCCUCCUGCACCUCUUCUCCUUCCUGGACAAAACCAGCCGGAGAUGUCUGUCCCAGACCUGCCAUAGCCUUAUGGACGUCUACCAGGAUCCAGUUUUGUGGCCAAUUUUGAAUUUCAGUUGCCCUGGGGAGCUAAACAAGAAGAAUUUUAUCCUGGGGACAGCUUUGAGAUCCUUGUCUAUUUGCUGGUAUUCCAGUCGGGUGAAAAUCUGUAACAUUGAGGACUGGUGGAAAACUCCGCUGCAGAAAUCAAUGUGCAGCCAGCAUCAGAACAUUGUGAGUGACUUCCUGCUGACAGUCAGUGAAAGGUGCCUAAAUCUGCAAUCCCUGACACUGUAUGGCUGUGCCCAUGUACAUGACGACAUUAUCAUUGAGAUACUAACCUGCUGUUCCAACCUUCGCAGUCUGAAGUUAGAGAAUUGCUCUGGGGUGACAGACAAGAUGCUGAUGGUGAUACCUGUGGUUGCAUGCAAUCUGAAGACUCUCCAUGUCAAUUUCUGCCGGAAUAUAACCCACAAGGGCCUUUAUUUUUUGCAGCAGUUUUGCCCGGGGCUGAUGCUGCAGGCAGACAGAAGUGCAGGUAUGGUCGCCGACAGGAUUCCUGAGGACAGGAUUUUGUUUCAGAAGACAGUCAGGAAGCUGGUACUCAGUUGAGACAGCGUAAUGUCCCUCUUGGGAACAGGUUGGCAAACAGUGCAUAGUGGGAGCCUGCUAGUAAGUGUGGCACAGUAACCUUGUAAUAACCUUACUUAUAGAAGUGUGAUAAGCAACCAGACUUUUUGCUGGAGACCUAGGAAACGGGAGGUCAACAAUUGUGCAUUUAUCAAGGCUGUUACUUAAUUACUAGAACAUUGGCAUUGUUCUAGGAACGGUACCAGUGUAGUUCCACACCAUCUAUGCCAUGCCAUCUAUGGGGGCGUUGAACUAAGACACUGACGGACUUAAGAUAUUGUUUACACAAGGGACUCCAGCCUAUCAGAUUAUAUUACUGUCCUCAAUGAUUUCUUGGGUAAAGAAGAAGGGCUAAAUCAAUGGAAGGGAAGUUAAUGUCCUCUCUUGCACUGUUUAUUUUAAGGGUAAUUGCACUGAGUGAUUUCUAGCAUUUUUCCUCUGUGGGAGGACAAGAAUCCAGAUAUCCCUUCCCAUUACAAGUGCAGUGCUGCUAUGUGUCAGGUCCUGACAAGUGCUGAUCUGUCAGUCCUGGAUUUAGAGCAAUACAAUCUGGCCACUACACACCAAAUAUUUCAUUUUGUUUAUAUCCUUCUGUACAUCUAAAAUCCAAGUCUUCAGCAGUUUUUUUUGUUGCAAGUGCUUGGGCAGCCAUACCACUGCAGCACUACACUGUAGUAUGAUAUUGAUUAUUCAUACUAGUUAACUCCUACCCAACCCAUUAUUUUGCACAAACUGUCUGCUUUGCAGCUAAACCGUAGUGGAAAAAUAAAAAUUAUUUCCACACUGCUGUGCUGCAGCCACUGGGUUGUAUAAUGGAACUUGUAGUUCAGCAACAUCAGAGCACCAAUACUUUAGCCUUCUCCAGCAUGAGAUUCCACAAUUAUUUUUGUGGCUGGCUAAAUGUUUCUCCCAGGGUUGCUCUGAGCCAUUGAUGGGCAAGGCACCGAUGUGCCAGAUGUAUGAAGUUAUUUCUGUACAGUGUGUAUAUGUCCCACUGGUAUGCUGCUGCUGUGCAUAAUAAACUCCAAAUACAGCCACAAUGUAAUACAUGCUAUGUGGCCAAUCGUUCUUCCAGUGGAAUGGAAUCCUAUGUUUAUCCAAGCAAUUCCCAUACUGCAACUAGGGUUGCCACCUGGCUGGUAUUCUCCUGGCCUGACUACUACAAAUGAUGUUUGAUGCAAAUGUUAUUAUUAGGGAGGAACGUUAAGUAUAGGAAAGCCGGUAUAUUUCCCAAAAUAGCAACCCCAACUACAGGCUUCCAGCUGUGCUUAUUUUAUUAUAUUUGUCCAAAUUUUGUAUGAGAUUUUCUACUUAUAAAAUUUUUUAAAUCUGUGAUUGUGUGUUUCUCAUGCACCAACCUCCUGCCAUUAGGAGACCUGAUGUGCCGCAGUUUUGUAGGAAGGAACUGUAACCCACAUGUUAUCACUGGCCUGACACUUCCAUGCUGAGAAUUAAAUGCUGAAGCUAAUAUAAUAUUUAA